UCUGUAUUAAGUUUUUUUUUAUGACUAAAGCAAUUUGUUUCUGCUGUUCCUUUAUCUCUCUCUUGUUUUUCUUCCUGCAGAGUCCAGCAGAGUGAAACCCCGAACAGUUACACCUGUCAGGUGCUGCUGAUGAUCACCAAUGAGAGUCUGGGUAAAUCCGAUGUGCUUGCCCGGCUGCUCAACAAUCUCGCCAGUACCAGCCUGAAAGUCCAAGCUGCAUACAUCAAUGUCCACUUAAUAGAGAACUGCCCAGAAGAAAACCCUCUUCACUAUCUUUGGCCUGAAACCAAACCCAGAGUCACUCAGUAUCUACCCUGCUUCCCCAACAAAGAUCUGAGCGCCUUCAGAAACUGUUUGAUAAACCCAGAAACCUUUGAGUCCCAGUGGUCGACAGCAAAUAUCACUAACUGCACAGUUACUGCAGAAAAUGCAGCUGAUGUGGCCGAGCAGCUGGCAGACUUCACCAAGAACAGUUUGUCCAAGGAGGAGGUCUCUCAGGUUGUGACAAAGGUGCAUGAGCUGGUCAACGUUGCCAAGAUUGACACCACAGUGGCUGAAUCAGUGGUCCACAUCAUCUCCAACGUCAUGAUCAGCUCAGACCAAGCCCUGGUCAACACGUCCAAUAUAGCGCUGAAGGCUGUAGAAGAGCUGGCUAAGAAAGUGGAGUUCGAUGGUCCAUCAGUGAACAUCACCUCCAAACAUCUGGCUUUGGGAAUACUGACCCUCAACACCACGUCGUUCAACGGGACAUCAUUCAGCGCCUUCUUCCUUCCAAACUCCACAGAGCCACAGAUCGAGUUUGACCAGACAGCACACCCGCUAGCUCAGGUCACGCUUCCCCCCUCCCUGCUGUCCGGGGUCACGAACGGCGAUUUUAACAGGUCGUCUCUGUCCAGGAUCAACUUCAUGUUCUUCAGCAGCCCCAACUUCUUCAUGAAAGAGCAGAAAGGUCUGUCUCUGAACAGCUAUGUGGUGGCCAGCAGCGUCGGGAACUUCUCCAUCAAACAUCUGAAAGACCCGGUGAAGAUCGAGAUGGCCCAUCUGUCUGAUCAGGUCUCCUCCCAUAGAGAGUGUGUUUUCUGGGACUUUGACAUGAACAAGGGCAAUGGAGGCUGGAACAACAAAGGCUGCAGUGUUUCCAAACAGUCAACCAUCAACAGAACAGUCUGCCACUGCAACCAUCUGACUCACUUCGGUGUCUUGAUGGACAUUUCCCAGACUUCAUUUCGAAUCGAUCCAGAAAACACGAAGGUCCUGACAUUCCUCUCCUACAUUGGCUGCGGUAUCUCAGCCAUCUGCUCCGCUGCCACGUUGCUCACCUACAUCGCCUUCGAGAAACUGCGUCGAGAUUAUCCGUCUAAGAUCCUGAUGAACCUCAGCACGUCGCUGUUGUUUCUCAACAUCGUGUUCCUGUUGGACGGCUGGCUCGCCAGCAUGUUUGACAAUGAGGGGCUGUGCACGUCUGCGGCCGUCCUCUUGCACUACUUCCUGCUGACCUCCUUCACCUGGAUGGGCCUGGAGUCCGUGCACAUGUACAUCGCUCUGGUCAAAGUCUUCAACACCUACAUACGCAGAUACAUCCUCAAGUUCUGCAUCGUGGGAUGGGGUUUACCUGCACUCCUGGUGGGAAUCGUUGUCUCUGUGAAUAAAAACUAUUACGGUGUCUUGAAGGACCGCAAAGAUGAAUCUCCAGUGAUGUGUUGGAUCAAGGAGAAGAGCGUCUUCUACACCACCUGUGUGGGUUACUUCUGCCUGAUGUUUCUGCUGAACGUGGCCAUGUUCAUCGUGGUGAUGAUGCAGAUCUGCGGCCGCAACGGCAAACGCAGCAACCGCACCCUGCGAGAGGAGGUUCUUCGAAACCUUCGGAGCGUCGUCAGCCUCACCUUCCUGCUUGGGAUGACGUGGGGCUUCGCUCUGUUCGCCUGGGGACCCGUCUACCUGACCUUCACGUACCUCUUCACCAUCUUCAACUCUCUGCAAGGUCUCUUCAUAUUUAUCUUCCACUGUGCUCUGAAAGAAAACGUGCAGAAGCAGUGGAGAAGAUACCUCUGCUGUGGCCCCUACAGGCUCUCAGAAAACUCAGACUGGAGUAAGACGGCCACCAACAACACAAAGAAGGUGAGCUCAGACAACCUGGCCAAGUCCCUGUCCUCCAGCUCCUUCGGCUCCAGCACCAUCAGUUGGACCUCCAAGGCUAAAGCCACGCUGACACCGUUCACCAAACGAAACAGGAACACAGACAAGCGUUCCUCCAACCAGACCGGCCCCAAGUGCGUCUCCUCGUCCUCUUCCUCCUCCGAUGUGGAGCCAAACUCCUCUUCCUCCUCCUCCUCCAUCCUCCCUGUCAGCCAAAUGAUUGACAAGGUGAAAGGUUACUGCUCCACACGCACCGACAACUUCUACAAGAACAUCAUCAUGUCCGACAGUUUCGCCAACUGCACCCGGCUCUAGAGCUGCAUUUUCAGAUUCAGGCUCCUAGAAGACCUUUUGUAAAUAUUCUCAACACUUUUUCAGCCCAGUAUGAGCCUUUUUUCUGAAACAUCUUCAAGCGUUUAAGAUUUCUUUGCCGUUGUUAGCCUGGGAAGAUUGUUUUGAUUUAAAAGGAGCUUCAGAAUCUUUGGAAAUCGGACCCAGAACAUCUUCUGGAACGGCUGUUUUUCCACCCAGAAGAAUGGAUCAAUAUUUCUGCCGUCCUCUAAUGCACCUACAACCUUAAGGGAAAUGCUUUAAAUGUUUUAUUUUAUUAUUUUUUCUGUCUUUUAAAUGUUUGAUGUCAUCAUUGUAGAAGUAGCAGGAGAUUGAAAUCUGGAAAUCCUUAUAGUCAAGAAUUUUGUUCACGUUCAGCUCAUUAAAACAAAAUCAGUGACAAUAAAAACUAGUCCUGUCCUCAAGAUUUCUAUAAACUGUAACAGAAUUAAUGUUUUCUUAAUUUCAAGGAACCCCCAACACCAGCUUUACCGCAACCGGCAGAGUUUCUGAUGAUAAAGGAAAGAAAAAGUGUUUGUUGGCGAGAAAUGGAGCAGUUUAUUUGUCGCACAACAGAUUAUUAAAAAUGAUCAGCGCACACAGCUGCAAACCCUAAAACAGAACGAUAAGUGCUGGUUAAAAAGGAACCAGCACUCACCAUGGAUCCAUCUUCGGGUUUAAUCGGUGAAAGAUUACGUCUAUAUAUACAUAUAUGUACGUGUGUAUGUAUAUUUGUGUGUAUGUAUGUGAAAAAAAAGGCUAAACUGACACGGCUAAAUGCAGUCUUAAAUAUUUAUGUCUGACUUAUUUAGAUGAGACUCCACAUCAGGUCGAAUAUGACCAUGAGUCAGGCAUGAAUUUUUAAACUGCAUUUAGCUGUGUCUGUUUAGCCUUUUUUUUCACUCAUAUAUUCAACACAAACAAUUGAAAAUAUGUGAGAAGCACAUUGAAAGAAUCAUAAAUCAUGCCAACCAAUGUCAAAAGGCAGAAAGCAAUGCUAAAGCAGCUUAAAUUUAAUUCACACUCUGCACAUGUAAAAGCUAUUUUCACAAUCUGUGCAGUUUUGCUUUUGCAACUUUAACACUAAAACUUUUCUGUAUUUCCUGUUUGGUUGAGAGCUAAAUAGUGGUUAAUAUGAUGAAAUAUUUAUGUAUUUGUAAGAAUAAUUUUAUGGCAGAAAGUUUAUUUUUAGGUUUCAUGGAAACAUCUCUAAGCUGACUACAAGAUGCCUCCUGGAUAUCAUGAGUGAUAAUUUUAUUAAAGCACAAGUUUGAACCGCAACUACUCAUGCAGACAAAAACCCUUUGUAGUUAAACUCGCUGAGAGGCCAGUAUCAUUCAGCACAAAUGAGGGAUAUUUUUCAUCAGUUUAGAGUCUGUUUAUACACACAGAAUAAGCUAGAAAAGCAAUACAUGGUAACAGUUGUCACACUGGUUUAGCUUUCACCCCACCAUGCAGCGCCAGUUACAUUUAAUAAUUUUUAUGAACUCAGCUAACUGACUACAUUAAAAACAAAUGAGCUGCACCCUGAAGUGGUCCUUUGCAAACUCUGCAGAACACAAAAAUCCUUCUGGAAUCAGUUUGAAACAGCUCAACUGACAGGAACAAAUCAUAAAUAAAAAUCCCAAUAAAAACACCUGGUUUUCCACAUCCACGUGUCUCCAGGAUGACGUGAUGUUUUAAUUUGGAGCUACAGGGUGGUCAGAGACGCUGAUGCGAUCCUACUGUAUCAUAUAACUGCCGGACUGUAUCGAGGGAAAGAAGGGGAUUUGGGUUGGAGAAAAAUGGGCUGUUAUGUUCUGUAGUCCUUAUUGUUACUGUGAUGUGUGUCUGUGGAGCCAUAUCUUCUGUAAAUAGUGAUUUCUCAGUUCGAUGUGGCUUAUUCUCUAGCUUUGAGAUCUCUGGAUGCAGGAACGCUGUACAUGAAAUACAGAACAUUGUGAAACUCCAUGUGCAGAUGAGAUCAGAUGAGAGGUGCGUCGUUAAGAAGGGAAAGACGCAAUAACUAAGCUGAGAUUUUCUCUGUAUCCUAAAGAUUAGCAUCAUGUUUGGUUAAAAUUAGACGUGAUUUUUGGCAACUGUUUUUCAUCUUUGACGGCAACAACUCUCUUUGCAGCUGUUUGGGUGAAGAUUGAAUAAAUAUACUUUAUUGUUA